AUGUCUUUCAGCCAGACUCCUGAGUACGCCUUGUAUAUGUUCACCGACGGCACCUACUUGGACGAGGACAUCCUCCCCUCUGCCGACGUCCCUCUCCCUUCGAUUGAGUGCACCGAAGACUUCUCGGCUAACUUCUUCGACUCGGCCUUUGGCAUUGAUUUCGACAAUGGAAACCUCCACUCUGAUAUGUCUGUUUGGCCUGUCGAUGGUCUGUUGGAGUGUAGUGACGACUGUCACGCUGAUCCCGUCGAUCUCACCUCCUCACCCCCUAAAGUGGUCGCUGAGUUACUACCGACUCCGUCUUCUCCUUCCUCUGAAAGCGCCAUUGAAGCUCUUUGGAGGCCCUUGAUAGGAUCAGAUACUAUCAAUGUUGCUCUGCCAGAUACUCCAACUCCCUCCCGUGCUCCCGCCAAGCAUCGUGCGCCCAAGGCGAAGAUCUCGAUGUCUGUCAAGACAACACAGAAGCCAAGGGUUACCAAAGCUAAGAAGAUCACGAAGCCUGGAAAGGCUCACAAGCGCACUGUUUCGGCGCCCUCCAGCGGACCUCGUAGUGUGCAAACACUCUACACCCUACCCUGGUCACAUCUUUCCCAAGAAGAGAAAGGCCUUCUCCUCCUCCCUCUUCUCCAAGGAAUCGACCCAAACACGGGUGAAAAGAUCGGUGAAGCUGGUAGCCUCCUUCCUCCGCCCUCUUUCGAGAUGGUCACCCACGACGUUUUCGGCACCGGCGAUGAUGGCACCAAUUUCAUGGACAAGCCUUCUCCCUUGUCGACAUCAAGUUCAACUACUACCAGCAUCGACCUCCCUGGCGAUGAUUUCGACCUCUCCGACAAGGAUAUCGUUGUCUUCCGCGCCUGCCAAGCUUUUAACAUCCAGCACGAAGCGCAGAAGAAGAACGCCCUCCCCACCGUUUCAGACUUCAGUUUCGACAUACCCGACUUCGAGUUCGACGAAACCAAUUGGGAUAUCUUCGAUAACUUUAUGCCUGCUACCCAGGGACUUGGUGGCCCCACUAGUAACGGCGUCGUUGGCAACUCAAUCCGAAAGGUUACGACUGCCAAUGACAAUAGCAAUACCGACAGCGCCUUGAAGCUACCUGACAUCAUGGGCACUGGGCUUGGUCAGAUGCCGGUUCCUUCCGGCGAGUAUGGACGGAAGCGCCAGCAAGAAGCUCUUGUACGCAACGCCAUGCUUCGUGCUGCUGGUCGGCGUCGGUAG